AUAUUAUCUUUCUUUAUAUGUUAUUUCUUUGAAUAGAAUAUUGCAGAAUUUUUUCUGCGUUAUAUAAGAGGAAACUCUGAUACGUCAAUUAAUUUAUAAUAAUUUUUAUUUACCGAUCGGGAAAUGAAAAAUAUAUGUGUGUACGGUAAUGUGUAUGAUCGAUUAUCAACAAGUGUGUUUAGAAUGAGUGUGUGUUGAUGGUAGAUGGCAGCAGCAUAUUAAUUUGAUUGGAAUAAUAAGCAUGCGCAAAUUGCGUAGUUUUCAGCACGUUCUUAACGCCGUGCAUGUUAUAUUGCAAUAAGAGGGAUAAUUCGAGUCGUGAUCAUUGAAUAUUGAUCAUUACUGGUAACGAAAUUCAGAAUAUUUUUACUGCGACAACUUUCCAGCAGGAUAUUAUAUAUGUAAUCACAAAAAGUUUAACAGUACUCUCUGACACGGUGACCUUAUAUACUCGUGCUUAAGACACUGCGGCCGACGAGACACAUCGGGAUGUCGGAUGCUGGAUGACGCAUGCGGAAUGAGAUGUCGCGAGGAAAAGCGCGAGAUGAAGUUGAACGCGGGCACAAUCAACUCACAAUGGCUAAACACAUAUACAUUCACCAAAGCGAUUGUGGAAGUACAUUUCAAAGAUGAAGGCAGAGAUUUGCCAAUAGGAAUAUUUCGACUUGUCGUAAGAGGUACCGGUUUCCUCGGAAAAAUCUUAGUUGAGAAAUUAUUACGAAGUUGCCCUGACAUUUCUACAAUAUACUUACUAGUGCGGUCGAAAAAAGGCAAGAGUCCUGAAAGCCGACUAGAUGAAAUAUUCGAAAGUUCGCUCUAUGCUCGUGUAAAAAAAGAAGUACCUGCUUUUCGCAAAAAAAUCGUUCCAAUCGUAGGCGAUCUCGAACUCGAGGCCUUAGGGUUGUCGAAAAAAGAUAGAAACAUUUUAAUACAAAAGGUAUCUAUAAUUUUUCACGUUGCGGCUAAUGUACGCUUUCAAGAAAAAUCCAAAUUUCUUAUACGAGCAAAUCUUAUCGCUACCGAUUUCAUUUUGCACUUCGCUAAACUUAUGCCAAAAUUAAAGGUAUUUAUUCACGUAUCAUCCACAUAUUCGAAUUUCUACGAGAAACAUAUCGAAGAACGUUUCUAUACAUAUCCUGUUAAUUACAAAGAUCUUAUUACAUUUUACCACACUUUACCCGAAAAUGUAUUGGAGGCUAAGAUAGCCAAAAUCGCCGCAAAAUGGCCGAAUACAUAUACAUUCACGAAGGCAAUUGCAGAAGCGCACAUCAAAGACGAAUGCGGAGAUUUGCCAAUAGGAAUAUUCCGGCCUGCCAUAAUAUCUUCCAGCGCUAAUGAACCGCUCAUUGGGUGGACUGACAAUUAUUUCGGACCAAUAGGGUUCACGGUAUUUAUAAUUAAAGGUUUGCAAAGACUUAUGCUAUGCAAUCCUCACGUCUUGUUAAAUAUUGUGCCUGUCGAUCUUACCGGAAACGCUUUAAUUGCAAGUGCAUGGGACGUGUUUAAUCAAUGCAGGAAAGGCAAAGACAUGUUAAUUUAUAAUUUCGUACCGCCGGCCAACUCACCGACAUUGGGUGAAUACAUCUAUAAUGCCGUCAAUAUAAAUAAGACGUAUCCUUUGAACCAAGUCCAGUGGUAUCCCUUUGUAUUAAUAUUACAACGAGAAAUAUUCUACAGAGUUUGCAUUUUGUUUUUUCACUUGCUUCCGGCUUUACUCGUGGACGCCGUAAGCAUUUGCAUAAAACAUCGCCCGAGGAUGUGGAAACUAUAUAGAAGAAUUCAUAAUAAUUAUUAUGUACUCAUACCCUUUAUUAUGAAAAAAAAGAGUUAUUCCUAUGACAAUGUUGAAGCGAUGUGGAAUCGUCUGAAAGAAUCGGAUCAGCAAUUAUUUAAAUUUCACUUUAAUAAAUUCGACUGGACGAAAUAUUUGGCCGAUCAUUACAAAGGCAUAUGCUUUUUUUUACUUAAUGAAGAUGACAGUACUUUGGAAAUAAACCGUAUUAGACAUAAAAGACUUUAUUGGAUGCAUCAAACCUUCAAAAUGGUACUUAUCUUUGCCGUCGUUUGGAUCAUCUGGAUUAUAUUUAUAAAAGUAUUUACAUAACUUUAUGUGAUUUUCUACAUAUAUUAUUCUUUAUAUUAAAUAUUUACUUUAGUUGUUCUCUUCAUAGCAUGGCAUAUCUUAUCAAGUUUAGAAUUCUAAGUUAGUCUUUAAACGGUUUUUAAUUACUUAUUAAAUUGUUAUUAACAAAAAGAAGAAUACAAUUAGUGUUAAAUGUGAUAUAAUU